GCUGAGGGGGAAUCGCUGUCCCCCAUUUUGUCGGUUCGCUUCUUGCACCCUGUUGGAUCUCCUUGUCCACAGGCCCGUCGGCGCCGGCAGCUCUUUACGUUCGGCCUCCGGCCCGAUGGAAGAGCCUCCCGCCAAGCCCCUCAGCUGUGAAGAGAAGGAAAAGCUAAAGGAAAAAUUAGCAUUAUUGAAAAAGGAAUACAGCAAGACUCUAGCGCGGCUUCAGCGUUCCCAAAGAGCUGGCAAGGCUAAGAAUUCUAACAAGACAGCAGAAGAACAGGAAAUCUUGCCACAAGUAAACCGCUCAGAACCUAAAAAUAGAGUGUCACCUAAUAACAAGUUACAGAUCAAUACCCAUUUCGGCCAAGAAACCAGGGCAAAGGCAUCUGUCGCACUUGAUGUUGAGCCCGAGUCCUUCAACCCUGGAGAUGGCCCAGAGAAAGCAUCAUAUCCUCAAGAAGCUGGUGAUACCCCAACACAUUUUCCUUGCGGGGUCAGUGACCCUGAUGGUGAGAAACAGCAGAAUAAGCUGCUAGGGCGAAGAAAGCAGCAACAGAAGAAAAUCUUCUCUCAGAAGAGAGAGUAUUUUGACACUGAUCCACCUGUCGUGUCUGAAAAGAGGCUAAAGGAACUGGAAAAUGACCACAGCAAGAAUCCCGGGUCACCAACUGAGAUUAGAAUUCAACUUUCAAGUCCGAAGCCUGAACUCCUUGAUUCUCCAGUGCCAGUUACAGGAUCUCACAGCGGCGGAUUCAUUGCACCAGCUGCCAAGCCGAAUAGAGAUGCUGAUCUACUCUUAAGAGGAAAUAUGUGCUGUGAUCAGCAUCUUGAACGCCUGCUUCCUACAGAUAACUGUGAACAUUUUAUUCCAGGCUUCGAAAACAGUAGCCCUGUUUCACCUGUUUGCCUGAAGGCGCAAGGCAAAAAACAGACUGACCUGACAGAUAACCCAGGAGUAGGUAAAGCUGUAAGUCCAAGUAGCCAGCUGCCCAAAAGCACUAACUGCCAGGCCGGUAAUUCAUGUCCUAAGAAUGAAGUCACUGACAACAACUUACAAGCAAAUAGGAAGCAAAAUGUAGAACAGAACCACGCACAGAAUUCUGUCAGCUCUCCCGGUCACAGUCUGGAUGGUAACAAUGCAAGUCUUCAGGAAAAUGACGCUGUGACUCAGUCGGAGAGUCCCAGCUCAAAAACAGCUUCUGCUUCCACAGAGAAUCCCAUCGAUUCAUGCACAGUGGUUGAAGGCCUGCCGUUUCCUGCAGAGUACUAUGUUAGAACAACACGAAGCAUGUCUGCUUGCCAGAGAAAAGUAGCCCUCGAGGCCGUAAUUCAAAAUCAUUUAGGGACCAGGAGGAAAGAGUUUAAAAGCAAACGUAAGGAAGCAACGGAUCGUUUAAAGCAUUCCUGUAAAGCAACUGAGCAAAGUGAAAUCAGGAUGUCAGACGCAUGCGCAGGAACAAGUUCAGAAAGUCCUUCACGGAAGCUCGUGUCGUUAACUGCGGCUAGCUCUCCCACGGGACGCGUUGAAGGCAGUAAGAUCUCUAGGAAGGCAGUUACCCGACCACCUAAUAGACGGCACAGGAGAAAAAGAAAACUGGUCUGUACCCCGCCGUUGGAUCAUGAAUUACCUUUGCCAACUUGCAACAUAUCAGAUGUUAAUGGGUCCGAGGAGGAAGUCACCUCGCACAAGAAUCGGGACAACAAAGCAAUUAAUCAUGGUGACAGAGUUAAAAGGUGUGAACUACCUGCUGAAGACUUUGGGUGCCUUCAGCUGGAGAACCUGAAGCUGUGCUCAGAAGCAACACGUGAGCCUUUUGGGUCAAAACUGUGUCGGGAGAGGCUUUUCCAAGAAGAUAACUGUUUAAUGGAGGAACUGACUCCGAAGCCAAUAGAUACAGAAAUGGAGGACGUGCAAGAAGAGCAUGGUCUGUUUGGAAGAGCGCACCCUAGCGAGCCAAAGCUUCAAAACCAAAACGGCAGGAAGGGCCUUUCUUCCUCCAUUCUGCUUUUCACUCCCUCAGAUACCGCUGAGCCUGAUGCUCCUGACAGGGCCGCUGCAGAUGUGUGUUCACCUGUUUUGCCCAUGUUAGGUACUACUCCAGCUUUUGGCUCCCAACCGUACUGUGAGGAGACGUCUAGAGAGGGUGCUGGGCAGGCCUGCUCUCCACCCCAAUUUUCUCAGGUGAAAGGCCCAGUCAGUCCUGAAGGUGAUAGUAAGCACCGCGACAGUUCAGCCCGUGUGUCAGGCAGGCAAGGACAACCCACCUGGGACUGCAACUCCGGCCCCUCGGCCACACCUCCGCCAGUGGAGUCACUCAGCGUCAGAGAAGAUCCACUCUGUGGAGACCCAUGCCAGGAGCGACAUACACGUUUGGUGGAACAGACGGAAAUGGCAGAUCCUUCUGCUUGUGAUGACUCUCUAAACUCCCACGACCUACAAUUGGUUUCAAAGUUAAAGAGUGCUUCUGGUUCCUGCUCUGUGGAUGUGAGUGCCAUGUGGUGGGAAAGAGCUGGUGUCAAAGAAUCAUGCAUCAUAACUGCCUGUGAGUACGUCGUGGCUCUGUGGAAACCUCUGGAUGCUAAGCGGUGGAAAAAAAAUUAUACGUGGCACUUCAAAGAGAUUCCAGUUUUACAAAUAGUUCCUGUGCCUGAUGUCUGUAACCUAGUGUGUGUAGCUUUAGGAAAUUUGGAAAUCAGAGAACUCAGGGCAUUACUUUGUCCCUGUGAUGAUAAAAGUGACAAGCAAGUACUACUGAAAUCUGGAAACAUAGAAGCUGUGGCUGGCCUGACCAAGAGGAGACUAGUCAGUAGCAGUGGCACCCUGGACGACCAGCAAGUGGAAGUCAUGACAUUUGCAGAAGAUGGAGGAAUCAAUGAGAAGCACUUUUUGAUGCCUCCUGAAGAGGCCGUAACAACUUUCGCCGAAGUCCAAGGGAUGGAGGAAACCCUGCUUGGCACAACGGGGAUGAGCAGUAUUGUGAUUUGGAAUUUAAAAACUGGUCAACUCCUGAAAAAAGUGCACAUUGAUGAAUCUUACCAUGGUUCAGUCUGUCACAAAGCCUAUUCGGACAUGGGGCUCCUGUUCCUUGUUCUGAAUCAUCCUUGCGCCAAAGAUGGUCAGUCACUCGAAAAGCCUGUGUUCCAGCUGAUUGCGAUUAACCCCAAGACGUCGCUGAAUGUGGGAGUAAUGCUGUACUGUCUCCCUCAUGGGCAGGCUGGCAGGUUCCUGGAAGGUGACGUGAAAGACCACUUUGCAGCAGCAGUCCUGACUUCGGGAACCAUUGCCAUCUGGGACCUGCUUCUCGGUCACUGCACUGCCCUUCUGCCUCCUGUCUCUGACCAAAAUUGGUCUUUUGUGAAAUGGUCAAGCACAGAUUCUCAUUUGUUAGCUGGACAAAAGGAUGGAAAUAUAUUUGUGUACCGCUGCACGUGAGGCAGGGCGAGACGAAAACAGUCGUUGGUUACAUUUGACAUGUUAGUAUAUUUUUUUCAGUUGUAACGGUAAGAGAGAAUAUCUUGAGAAUACCGAAUAGUUACUUUUGAUCAUCAGAAUUAAUUUUUAUUCUGAUGGCAGCACUACUGACCUUAAAUAAGUUCAUUUGUGCUUUCACUGUGAAAAGGGGUUUUGGGUUGAUUUUUGUAAUUCUCUGCAUUUGCACUUUCAGAUUAAUUGUUUCAACUCUCCACAUUUGUACAUUUACUUUUAAAGUUGUACAGAAAGUUUUAAGUGUGAAUAAAUAUUUAUUGU